AUGUCGUUUAUGCCAACACAAAUCUUCGAGGAGGGCACGACGGAGGAGAAGGGUGAGAAUGCGCGUCUCGCUGCCUUUGUCGGUGCUAUCGCCGUUGGCGAUCUCGUCAAGAGCACCCUCGGCCCCAAGGGCAUGGACAAGAUUCUCCAGUCUGCCUCGACCGGCGAAAUCAUGGUAACCAACGAUGGUGCCACUAUUCUCAAGGCAAUUGCUCUCGACAACGCUGCCGCCAAGGUCCUUGUCAACAUCUCCAAGGUCCAGGACGAUGAAGUUGGUGAUGGUACCACCUCGGUCACCGUCCUCGCCGCCGAACUGCUCCGUGAAGCCGAAAAGCUCGUCGACAAGAAGAUUCACCCCCAGACCAUUAUCGAAGGUUACCGCAUAGCCAGCCAGGCAGCUCUCAAGGCCCUCGAAGAUUCGGCCGUCGAUCACAGCAAGAACCCCGACGCCUUCCGCAAGGAUUUGAUCGCCAUUGCCCGUACUACCCUCAGCUCCAAGGUCCUCUCUCAGGACCGUGACCACUUUGCUCAGCUUGCCUGCGAUGCGGUCCUCCGAUUGAAGACCUCUUCCGAUCUCAGCCAUAUCCAGAUUAUCAAGAAGGCCGGUGGAAAGCUUAGCGACUCUUACCUUGACGAAGGUUUCAUUUUGGACAAGAAGAUCGGUGUCAACCAGCCCAAGCGCCUUGAAAAGGCUAAGAUCCUGAUUGCCAACACCUCGAUGGAUACGGACAAGAUCAAGAUUUUCGGUGCCCGCGUUAAGGUCGGCUCUACCAGCAAAUUGGCCGAGCUUGAAAAGGCUGAAAAGGAGAAGAUGAAGGCCAAGGUUGACAAGAUCAAGGCCCAUGGCAUCAACUGCUUCAUUAACCGCCAGCUUAUCUACAACUGGCCGGAGCAGCUCUUCACUGAUGCUGGCAUCAUGUCUAUCGAGCAUGCCGACUUUGACGGCAUUGAGCGCCUGUCGCUCGUCACUGGCGGCGAGAUUGCUUCGACAUUCGACCACCCUGACCAGGUCAAGCUCGGACAGUGCGAUGUCAUCGAGGAGGUCAUUAUCGGUGAGGAUACCCUGAUCAAGUUCUCCGGUGUCUCUGCCGGUGAGGCUUGCACCAUUGUUCUUCGCGGUGCUACAGAGCAGCUUCUGGACGAAGCUGAGCGCAGUCUGCACGACGCUCUAGCUGUCCUUUCUCAGACCGUCAAGGAGCCCCGCACCACCCUUGGUGGUGGUUGUGCUGAGAUGCUCAUGGCCAAGGCUGUCGAGGGUGCUGCUACCAAGGUUGAGGGCAAGCGCCAGAUGGCUGUCACCAGCUUCGCCGUCGCCCUUCGCCAGCUGCCUACCAUUCUUGCCGAUAACGCUGGUCUCGACUCUGGAGACCUUGUUUCGCGUCUUCGCACAGCCAUUUACAAGGGUCUGUCUACGUACGGCUUGGAUCUGAUGAAGCCUGGUGGUGGUAUUGAAGACAUGCGCGAUCUGGGUGUUGUAGAGAGCUACAAGCUGAAGCGCGCCGUUGUUUCGUCUGCCAGCGAAGCUGCAGAGCUUCUACUCCGUGUGGACGACAUCAUUCGCGCUGCCCCGAGACGACGUGAGCGAGCAUAG